AUGGCGUCGCCGUUUCCGCGUGUACCUGCGCCCAUUGAAGGGCAUGUGCGCGAAUUGAAUGAUCGUGUGCUGAUGAAAGUGACAUCGGACAAACAUCCAGCAACGAUCUUGCCGCAGGAUGACGAAGAAAAUGUACUUGUGACGUCGGCUCUUCCGUACGUCAACAACGUGCCGCAUCUCGGCAACAUUAUCGGCUCGACACUCUCAGCCGAUGUGUUUGCCCGUUAUGCGCGGACACAAAACAAAAACACACUGUACAUUUGUGGUACCGACGAGUACGGUACAGCCACGGAGACCAAGGCACUGGAAGAUGGCGUCUCGCCACAGGCUUUGUGUGACAAGUACCAUGCACUGCAUGCGCAAGUAUACGAGUGGUUCCAAAUUGGCUUUGACUACUUCGGCCGCACAACGACACCCCGCCAGACCGAGAUUGCUCAGGACGUGUUCCGGAAGCUGUACGAAAACGGGUACUUUGAGGAGCGUGUGAUGCGGCAGCUGUACUGUGCAUCGUGUGAGAGGUUUCUUGCGGACCGGUACGUGAAUGGAAUCUGCCCUAAGUGCGACUAUGAUGAUGCACGUGGCGAUCAGUGCGACAAGUGUGGCCAGCUUCUCGAUGCUGUUGAGCUCAAGGAGCCCAAAUGCAAGCUGUGCAAGGGAACGCCACAGGAGCGCGACUCCAAGCACAUGUUCCUUCGCAUCGAUGCGCUUCAGCCACAGACAGAGGCAUGGGCUUCGGAGAUGUCAAAGAAAGGCAAAUGGUCGUCGAAUGGAACAUUCAUCACUGAGUCCUGGUUCAAGGAAGGUCUGCGUCCAUUCUCGGUGAGUCGUGACCUAAAGUGGGGGGUCCCCGUGCCACUGCAAGGGUAUGAGGACAAGGUGCUGUAUGUUUGGUUCGACGCUCCGAUCGGAUACCCAAGCAUCACAGCGAACUACACAAGCGAAUGGGAAAAGUGGUGGAAGAAUCCAGAACAUGUGCGCCUGUACCAGUUCAUGGGCAAGGACAAUGUCCGCUUCCACACGGUCAUAUUCCCAUCGUGCUUGAUCGGCACGAAAGAUCCGUGGACAAUGCUGUAUCACAUCAACACAGCCGAGUAUCUACAGUACGAGGGCGGCAAGUUUUCCAAGUCGCGCAAUAUUGGUGUGUUUGGCGACCGUGCGAAGGACAUCGGCGUUUCGCCCAGCGUGUGGCGCUACUAUCUGCUGUCGACACGCCCGGAGUCGUCAGACAGCCAGUUUGUGUGGCAUGACUUUGUGACGCGGAACAACUCGGAGCUGUUGAAGAACCUCGGCAACUUUGUGAAUCGUAUUUUGACGUUCAUGAAAAAGUACGAAGGCCGCCUUCCAGAAGCACCCCAAGGCCUGCGUCUUGGCACAGACGGUCCUCUGUCGACCACGGGCGAUGGUACAGUGUGGGGCGAUCUUGUGGCCAAGUUUGUCGCUGACGUGAAUGCCAUCCUGGCCAAGUAUGUUGACUUUAUGGACGUCGGCAAGCUUCGUGCAGGUCUGAACACGAUGAUGGAGCUGUCGGCGCGUGGGAACCUGCUGCUGACGGAGGCCGGUCUCGAUAACACGCUUUUCGCCGAGCAGCGAGCCAAGUGCGACGCUGUCAUCUUGCUUGCGACCAACCUGAUCUGGGUGCUCACCGCCCUGGUACACCCGUUCAUGCCACUGACGAGCGAUCAAAUGCUGGAGCAGUUGAAUGCCCCGCCGCGUGCCUUGCCGAAGGAGCAAGCAUUUGCACUGGAUCUGUUGCCUGGCCACAUGGUCGGCAAGGCUGCACACCUGUUCAAGAACAUUGACGAGAAGCAGGCAGCCGCGUGGAAAGCCAAGUUUGGCGGCGACAGCUCGGCUGCGGACGAGAAGCCCGCGAUGAGCAAGAAGCAGGCCGCGAAGGCGCGCAAAGCCGCUGAGAAAGAGAAGGCUGCGUCACUUCCACAGACGCCUGCAGUGCUAGACCUUGAUGCACGCGUCAAGACACAAGGUGACAAGGUCCGCACGCUAAAAUCCAGCCCCAACACACCACAGGGCGAGAUUGACGCGGCUGUGCAGUCGCUGCUUUCACUGAAGCAGGACAUGCAGGCAGCCGUCGAUGCAGCUCUCGCCGAACAAGCGCAGUCGUCAUUGCAGACGUCGUCCUAA